AUGGAGGUUGAAAUCCCGCCAGAGCAGAAACUACAAGGAAUCAACCAAAAUCCCAGAUACAAGAUUGAGAAUCCCAGAGAGAGACAUUGUAAUACAAAUCUGAAAGUUGCCACUGUAGAAGGCUAUGUAUAUGCAUGGGGCAGUAAUAUUUAUGGACAGCUAAGUCAUUUGAAUUCUCCAACCACAAUCCCUCGCCUGGCAAAGAUAUGUGAUGACAACAGAAUUUGGAAUAUAGCAGCAGGUCCAGAUUAUUCCCUAUUCCUAGCAGAGGGAGAAGAUUUUCAGCCUUCUUUGUAUUAUAGUGGCAGAGAAGAAAAAGAAGAUGGCAUUUCAUCUGAAAAUAACUGCCUAAAGAGUCCAACAUUGCUGCUAAACUGUAGUAAGCUAGGGUAUAUUAGCCAUGUGACAACAGGUGGAAAUAAGUGUUUGGCUUUAGUGGACAAGAACAUUAUGGGAUACAUCGCGAGUCUUCAUGAGUUGGCUUCGACAGAGAGACAGUUCUACUCCAAGCUGAGCUCUAUAAAAUCUCAAGUUCUCCGACCACUCUUGGGAUUUGGUAAGAGGUGUUUUUUAUUUCACUGUCUUCAGUUUCUGACUUCUAAAAAUCACUAGAAAUAUAUAUAUUUUUGUUUCUUUACUUGGACAAGAGUACCAUUGUGUUUUUGUCUUCUGUUUUGCUCUGUAUUUGGGCUACACAUCUCAAUCGUAUAUUGUGCUAGAUGAAAGACUGUCUGCCUUUGAGCAGGAAACCAACAGUGCAAGGAGUACAUGAAUGUUACAUUAUUGUUCCAGGGUGUAACGACUGAAACUUGAAAGCUUGCUGAGCUUCCCCUUACCCCACGCAGAAGUGAAACAGGAUUAUUUUGAGUUUCCUUCUCACGUGUUUCUCUUUCCCAGCUGAUGGAAAAUUUGGAGGGUUCAUGAUAGAGUCCCAUGUACAUCAUUUUUGAAUUUAAAGUCCCAUAUGUCAGCGUUCUAUGCAGAAUUAAAUCAGAGUCCAAGGCAGAGCUAUCCUUAAAGUUCCGAUUUAAUAAGACAGA